AUGAGAUGCCAGCUCACUCCUGCAGCUUCCAGUGGCCUGCAGCUUCCAGCGGCCUCCAGCUCACUCCUGCAGCUUCCAGCAGUCUCCAGCUCACGCUUCCAGUGGCCUCCAGCUAACUCCUGCAGCUUCCAGCGACCUCCAGCUCACUCCUGCAGCUUCCAGCAGUCUCCAGCUCACGCUUCCAGCAGCCUCCAGCUCACUCCAACAGCUUCCAGCUCACUCCAACAGCUUCCAGCAGCCUCCAGCUCACUCCAACAGCUUCCGGCAGCCUCCAGCUCACUCCAACAGCUUCCAGCGACCUCCAGCUCACUCCUGUGGCACUUUACUGACGUCCUGCUACCUGUUCCAGUGCUCGUUAACGUCUGGAUACCGUUCCUGAACAAACGACCUCUGUCGUUUUACCAUCCACCGUUCGCAAAUAAAUACACGAUUUCCAUCGCCUACAACGGACCAUCUGCAUUUGUCAUCCUUCUUUGCUAUUGCCAUCUCCUUGCCUUUGCGUCCCCUUUUUAG